AAUCGUGACAAUAAAAGCAUAUUACCACGCAAAAAUUACAGUAUUGGAGCGUAUGGCAGCUGCAUCGGUGUCGGUCACGUGUGAUGUCCAUAUUUGCAUCUCAGCCAUUUCAUGCCUCUGCUAGCGCCAAAAAAGGACAUGGACGGCGACGCACUUGCAGCAAUGCGUCUCACACGGUCCUGAGUGGCAGCGUGUUUUUAGUUUUACUACUUGUGUUCUUGAUCGCAGCUGCGGCAGGGGAUGGUGGGCAAGGCCUGUCUUGGGUCUGUCGAAAAAAUCCUCCGUUGGAAGGAGGCCGGGAGCGAAUAAAAAAUAUCGUCACAGGUCCUCGCACGUGCAUAAGUAUGUAUCAAUGUAACGGGCGCUCGGCAUUCCUAUCAUCGCUCUCCUACUCUUUCGUCGGCUCCCUCUGUGGAAAGAGGAACAUGCCACCGCGGACAGCAUCUCACCGGGCGAGUUUCCCUCAUUGCGGGAGGUCUAUUUCGAGGUCCAUUCCCAUGCGGCUCAAUCGUCUCCUAUUCGAGGCAGAAGAAAUUAAUCUGACCUCGAGAAAUCCGCAGGACGGACGAGGAGAAAGGGAGGAAUCAGUCAUUGUCAGGUUAGGGCAAGACGAUGCCCGGGCGCAGCAUGUUCGGAAGGUCCUGCGUGCCAAGACAGGAGACGAAGUGCGCGUGGGCGUUUUGAACGGAGGGCGUGUCGACGUCCUCCUCGCCAUGCAAGCCCCCUUGAGGAUGGAACGUAUCAUUCCCCACAUGGUCGCCCUGGGGGUUGGUCGGCUGCUGAUCACGUCCGCGAAGAAGCAAGCGCUGCGAGAACUCGUGGUAGAAGGCCUCAGCCAGGCCGGCGACACCAUCGUCCCCGAUAUCAUCAUCGAUCGGCGUCUCAAGGAACCCUAUGAGCUGGAGCUCUUCCGAGAGCAUGGUUUUCAGCAAAUCACGCUUGGACCCAGAGUUUUGCGGACAGAGACUGCCGUCCCUGCUUUACUGGCCUUGGCACACGAUCAUUUGCAUGCCCUGGACGAGCAAUGGGAACAGAGUAUAGGGCGCAUCGCCAGUCCUCAAGACGACAGCGGCGCUGCUCUUGAAGGGAGCCGUAGUGAUAUUCGCGAUAAAAACGAUAAGUCACUACAAUGAAACCAAAGCUCCC